GUGAAAUCGAAACUGUCAAAGUGAAAAUGCCACUGUGUUAUUUUUGCGUACCGCAGAAAAUUAAGCUCUAAUUUUCUUUGAUUUUUCUGUAUUAUCGUUCAAAAAUCAGGGUACAGUGCCAGAAAAGUUUGAAAUAAUGUACGCUUAAACGAUUGAUAGUGAAAUUUUCCCGUCGGAAAGGUUUUCCACGUUGAAAAAGACAUUUUAGUUCGAUAGUGAGUAGUGCUGUAGAAGUGUAGGGGGCGUCACAUUCAUCCUUCGUAUUUUUUUUUUCGUCGUGAGUUCGAAGUGAUAUCAGAGCUAUGGCUCCACAACCAUUGGAACAGGGAGGAGCUAUUACCAGCUUUAUCCCAACCGGACAGGAGAUGGCACAACGGCAAAAUCUGAUUCCGCUGGGAAGGCUGAUUGAUUUUAUAAUUCAGCGGACGUACCAUGAACUAACGGUACUAGCAGAGCUUUUGCCUCGUAAGACGGAUAUGGAGCGUAAGAUUGAAAUCUACAACUUCUCCGCCAGCACCCGGCAGUUGUUUAUCCGUUUGCUUGCCCUGGUCAAGUGGGCCAACUCGGCAUCGAAAGUAGAUAAAUCAGCAAAAAUUAUGGGGUUUCUGGACAAGCAAUCGCUUCUGUUUAUCGACACAGCCGAUAUGAUGUCGAGAAUGGCUCGCGAAACACUGGUCAGUGCUAGACUUCCCAAUUUCCACAUCCCAGCUGCGGUAGAAAUAUUAACUUCCGGUUCGUACUCACGAUUGCCAUCGAUCAUCCGAGAACGAAUCGUUCCACCGGAUCCGAUUACUCCGUUGGAAAAACGUCAAACGUUGCAACGUUUGAAUCAAGUCAUACAACACCGGCUGGUGACUGGGAAUUUGUUGCCGCAGUUGAGAAAGUUUAAAAUUGAAAAUGGAAGAGUUACUUUCAAGGUCGAUCAUGAGUUCGAAGUUUCGCUAACCGUUAUGGGAGACGGGCCGAAUAUUCCGUGGCGCUUGCUCGAUAUUGAUAUUUUGGUUGAAGAUAAGGAAACUGGAGAUGGGAAAGCAUUGGUGCAUACGCUGCAGGUUAAUUACAUUCAUCAGUUGAUUCAGGGUCGUAUAGUGGACAGCCCGGAUGCAUUGGCCGAAGUUUAUAACUGCUUGCAUUACUUCUGUCAGUCGCUACAGCUGGAGGUUCUUUAUACACAAACGCUUCGUUUGAUGCGUGAUCGUUUGGAUGACAAUAUUCACGUUGACGAGUAUAUUCCCGGUACGAAAUUGACCGUUUCCUAUUGGCGUGAGCUAACCAAUAAGGAUCCCAAAUCCGAACUCGGUUAUCGUCUGAUGAUUCAAACCGACCAAAGUGAUUCUGCUAAACAGUUGGCAAUUCUGCAUGUACCAUCGAUCGGAAACAAAGAAGCUGAUAUUGCGGACCGUGCCGUACGUUCCGAUUUGCUAUCGAUGGAACGUUUGCUUGUUCAUACCGUUUACGUACGAUCUCUAGCCCGUUUGAGCGAUCUGAAAGCCGAGCUUCAACUAUUUCUCAAAGAUGUCGACUACAGCAUUCAAGGAACGCCGGCCAUGCUGACGGUUCCGGUGCUGAAUCCGUGCCUUCGGGCAGAACAAAUUUAUAUCACCGUAGAUACGCAUACCGGAAUGUUACGCUGUCAUGUUCCGAAGCAUCUGGAUUGUCCAAUAAUGCCGGAAAUGCAGCAAUCUCUGAACAACGACAGGAGCAAGCUACAGCAUCUGAUAUCGGAACUGCGCUACUGGAUCACCCAGAGACGCUGUGAGAAAACUUUACAACACUUACCGGCCACCACACAGGAACGGUUACCGUUGGUUUUCCCGCCCAAUCAUCCCAUCGAGAGGGUCGGACCCCACAAAGUUUACAUUCAGCUGUAUCGGCAUUCGAAUGUUAUUUUGAUCGUUCAACUAAAGGAACGGGACAAUUGCCCGAACGAAAUGACGUACACCUUCUUUUUGGUGCUAGUCAAACCUUCUUCGGUCGAGGAUAGUCAGUCGCAAGAUUCCGACCACCCGACCGGCGGUGGAAGCUCAGUUAGCCUGUCCGGACCGGGAUCGGUUCCACCUGGUGGUCCGCCAAGUGUGUCAAGUUCAACCGCAGGGGGUACAGGCCAGAGCUCCUCUUCGGCAGCAGCCAAUGCGGAGAAUGAUGGAAUUCCAAAAAUGUACCUCAGAGUUGAAUCACUUAUUGAAUUCGAUACCUUCGUGGCUACCCAUGGCCCUGGAACAUACGUUGAUGAGCAAGCGGGUUGUAUGAAACGGAAGCUGUCGGGUGUCGAGGGACCCGUUUCCAAACAGCAGAAAGUCAUUUAUCCAGCCUAUUUCAUACCGGAAUUAGCACAUGUGGUCGCAAUGUGCGACGAGAAGCUUCCUUUUGUUGCACUGGCAAAAGAACUUACACGUCGAAGGAUUCCGCAUGGCGGUCUUCAGGUCGAGGCCAAUGCUACGUCGCUGGUGUUGAAGCUAUUGACUUUGCCACAACCGAAACCGCCACUAGUACCGUUUUCCAACGUUGUAGUAAACUCUCAGAGUAGUCAAGAUCAGAAACCUCCUGAACCAAAGGUGGUUAGCGUACCAAAAAUUGAAAAAGAUGUUUGGAAUGCAUUGCUCAGAAGAUUACUAUCGGUCUCCGUUCGUGCUCAAAUCAACAAAGGUAAUCAGACACGAUUGUGGACAACAGAGCUGGUGUUCUACGGUACACCGCUGCCGAGCACUCAUCACAAAGAGCAAGGGAUGAGACGUGCGGUGUACUUGCAAUACGAUAUGCUUCCGGUUGAUGCCGUCGAUAGGAUUGUGGAUAUGAUUCUGAACGAUUGGUCGAAGAUCGUUUACCUGUACACUUUGGUUCAUGACUUCCGCGAACAGAUCAAGAGCGAUAAAUAUAGCUUACAUAACAUUGUCACCAUAAAAUCGUACAGCUAUACAAGUCUCUUACUGGCAUAUGGACCGAACAAGGAGGUGAACGUUAAUAUCUAUUGGGACAUUGAAGCGAAGGAGUUCAAAAUGGUUUUCACUGGUGGUAAUAGCGCCAUAAACGCACACUCGAUGAUGCGAGAUCAGUUGCAAGCUCAUCUGAAUCAUAACUACGACCUAGCACAGGUUGUUCAUCUACUGCACGAAACCUACCAACCUCUAAGCUCCAUCGCCAAACUACCAAUCAUACCGCAUUUGGCGAUUCUUCAGUCUCCCAAAAUUCCCGUAUUGUCAUUCUGCAUUAUACCUCAAUCGCCAACUCUACUGAGGAUAUCAUUUCAAGGAGUAUACUGUCUGGAGAUUCGUUUCCGUGGCAGUGGUCUUUGUUCGAUUCGCGACGGAGCCUACAGCCGAUUCGAUCGCAGCCACGUCGUUGAAGAAUUUACUCCUACCCAAGGUUUGAAGGGAUUUCUUUCAAAAUACGUCGAUGAAUCAGCUGUCUACCGCAGGCGUUCACAGUCCGAAGACGAUAAUCCACCAUCUCCGAUUACGAUGGAGGAUCCACACGGUGGACCGGCUUCAGUCGGAUCAACGUUUCUUGGUGGAGGUGGUAUGCGAGGUCCUCAAAGUCCUCGCGAUCCAGGUCUUCGUUUUGCGGCACCUCUGACUCCUCCGUCCGGUUCGAAUCCACAUACACCGGCUUCUCCGCACCCGCAAGGAAUGGGAGGAAGUCAAAGCCAUCCGAAUUUCAAUAUGACAUCUCCUCCAGCUCCCCAUAUGCCCCAUCCUUCACCAAGCGGAGGCCUUAUGCCAUCAUCACCGUUAAAUCCGCAGCCAAGUCCAAUGGCGGCUCAUUCUCCCGGUCCCUCCAAUAUGCCCUACAUGCAGCAACACACCGACGGAAGCCCUUUCGCGGCUCUAUCUCCAGCCGCAUCCAAUUGGCCCGGUUCACCUGGUAUGCCACGGCCAUCGCCACGACCCGGUCAAAGUCCUGAUCAUAAAGCACAGACAUCUCAUCACAACACCUCACGAGUUCUACCGGCUCGCUCAUGGGCUGGUGCUAUUCCAACUCUGCUUACCCACGAAGCUUUGGACACGUUAUGCCGAGCAACCAUUCAUCCGCAGAAGGAAAUCCCUGGUCCGGAGCUAAGCCCACUGGAACGAUUCCUCGGUUCGGUAUUCAUGCGUCGACAGCUGCAACGAAUCAUUCAUCAAGAAGAAAACCUCACCGCAAUCACGUCCAACGAACCCGGGGUGGUCCUAUUCAAAGCGGACAAUCUACAGUACCAAGUAUUUUUGAACCCGAACCACAUGCAGUCGUUGCACAUGAAAAUAACCCAAACCCCGAUGGGUCCCACAAUGGACGGCAAACCACCGUAUCAGUGGGCUGCCGAAGAUCUGCAAAUCCUCGAACAAUUCUUCGAUCAACGUGUGGCCGCUCCACCCUACCGCCCAGCUGUCGUUACCAGCUUCACCCGUAUGCUGAAUCUACCCUCGCAGGUGAUGAAAGAUUUCAUUCAAAUCAUGCGACUAGAUCUACUUCCGGAACUCGGUCAGGGUAACAAGUGGAAUGUGCAAUUCAUCCUACGUAUGCCACCGUCAGCAACGCCUAUCGUCCCCGUCGGAACUACCACCAUCCUAUCACAUCGGCAGAAGAUACUCUUCUUCAUCCAAAUUACUAGGGUGCCUUAUCUGCCGAACAUGGAGUGGAAGGACUCAGUCAAUAUGCUUCUACCGAUGGUGUACGACAUGACGGUUAACCAUACCCAACUGGCGGAACGACGCGAGCAAGUUACCCCGCAGCUAACCAGUGCCGUCAGUGCACAUCUUCGCCGGUUUGUUGAGUGCACCGUUCUCCAACAGGGUGAAUGUUCGCUCUUUCCCGCUGUUCGAGAUCUGCUGAUGAAUUUGACCCUUCCAAACGAACAACCGCCCCCGGGACAGAUGCCAAAUCAGAUUGGACCGAUGGGUGGCAUGCAGCCGGUUCCAGGUCAAAUGGUCGGACAAAUAGCACCUUCCCCGGUUGGCGCUCAAGUUGGAUCCAGUCCGAAUCCGAUGAUGCAUUCACCAAUGCAGAUGGGAGCUGCCGGACAGCAACCGAACUAUGGUGGGAUGGUUGGUGGAGGCGGUGCGCAACCAGGUGGUCCAGGAGGACCCGGAGCUGGAGGGCCUAACUGAGAAUCGCUGCGAGAGUGGUUCGAGAAAAGAAGGCGUAAGCUUUGAUUACCACAAAAUGGUACUUUCUGCGGUGGGAAAGUGAAAUAUGGAUAUCAAAUUUUGGCAUCUGGAGCAAAUUUUAUUAAUAAGUGUAACAAUAAACUUUUCAUGAUAUUAAA